AUGGCAAAGAAAUUACAUAAGAAGACGUGGGAGGAGGAAAUGGUAGAUUUAUUCAAUGCGCAUAAGCCAACAUCAGGACACCCAGAACCUUCAGAAGAACAAGCUGUUACAUAUGCACAUGAAGAACCCUGGCUGUUUAAAUUUUGGGAUCUUAGCCAGAAGUUUCUCAGAGUGGUGAACAAUGUGUUGAUAGCUACUCCACAAACUUCAUAUUCACCAGGGAUUUUUUUUGCUGUAAUUCCUAAUACCGCCUUAGAUCCAAAAAACAUUCCAAUCUUUAUGGGCACUGGUAAUUGCGCUGUGUCCUGUACGAAGUCUGGUGACGGUCAGCUUCAGAUACAGAUCGUGGAGAAAAAUAUUAUGGUGCUCUAUAGAACACCAGAAGAGUUCAAGAAUUUCACUUUCUACAGUAAGAGUGAUGGCAGGCCAGAAAUUUGCUAUUUUGAAUCUGCAGAGUUCCCAGGUUGGUUCAUAAGCACUUCAUCUGAGCCAAAUAAACCUAUUGGUUUAAGUCAAAAAGGAGGACCUGACAACAUCUUGUUUUAUUUUGAAAAAAAAAAGUAA